UUGAUGAAACGUACGUAAACUUGGCCAAGUUUUGGUUUCCUCACGAUAGACAUCUUGCCUCACGUCUACUUUGCUGCUGCGGUUAUCUUUAUCACAACUUUGAACUUAAUCGAAAGAAGGAAAUUUACCAUUUGAGAGGGAGUAUGGAGCUUCAGUGUUUUUGAGUUCGGCGAACCCAGACAAGGAAUAUUGAGAUAUGCGGCUUGAUUGAUGUGAAACUGACGAAGACUUCUUGUGAGAAAAUGUCGUGUUUCUUAAAGUUUAUUGCUUCGUGAACAAGUAAAAACGGAAAAGAUCUCAGAGUGAGCUAUGGUUCUCUGGCUUGUUCACUGCUCAAGAGAACAGACGCAAGCACGCUUCGAUCGGACGAUGGCUAAAUCUGAACACGUCGAACACGAAAAAUCAAGCCCUUGUUUGUUAGUACUUGUCUGGCACGAGCUCGAAAAAAAAAAUAGACAUGGGUACUUCUUCACUUCUCACGAGCAAUGAAUCGAAUGGUUCAGAAGUACCUCGAGAGUGCAGAAAAGCUUUGACGACUAUUAUUGCAACUCAAUCCGUGGAUGAUAAGCAAUUAUGCCCGGCUACGCAUUAUCAAGUUCAGACAAACAGAGCAUUGACCCAAAAUAUACUUGUAGCGCCUGUGGUUUACUGUUAAGAGAUGCCAUGCAAACUGCUUGUGGUCAUUUUUAUUGCAGUUCCUGCCUAGCAAGUCUAUUUCGAAAUGGAUCUACUACUAUGACAUGUCUACAAGACCACAAAGAGUUUCUUCCAAAUGAGGUUUUUCCUGAUAACUUUAUGAGGCGUGAAGUACAGGCCUUAGCUGUUCAUUGUACUUUUGAAGAGGAUGGAUGUAAAUGGAAAGGGGAAGUGAGACAUUUAGAGAGCCACCUGAGUAACUGUGAAUUCCUUAGAAUUCCCUGUGUACAUCCUGAGUGUGGCGCGCAAGUGAAGAAAUCAGAUCUUACUGAACACUUGGAAAAGUAUUGCAAGUGCAGGCUAGAAACUUGUGGAUUCUGCAAGAAACAAAUCAAACUUAACAAGUUGAAGCAUCACCAUGAGACAGAUUGUCCAGCAUAUCCAGUUGUAUGUCAAAAGUGUAGCAAGAAUGGAAUUCCUAGAGCAAAGCUUUUACAACAUCAUGAUCCAGUCAUGGGAGACUGUGAUAGUGUACAAGGACCGUGCCCAUUUUCACAAAUUGGCUGCUCUGCAACCGAGGCCCUUACCCAAAAACAGAGAAAAGAACACCUGGAGAAACAUAAUACCUUUCACACUACUCUGCUUUUGCAUUACGCCAUACGAAUGAGCAAAGAAAUGGAAGCACUUUUAGUGCGUGAUCCCAGAAUAAUGUCGAGGGAUCCACACAUCGUUUCAAAUUACGACAGCGUAAUUGCAGAUCUUCUCGCUCAAGUUCAGACGCAGGCAGGUGAAACGAGGAAUUUACGCGAAAAAUGCCAAGAACACAGCGAGAGAAUCACCGUCUUGGAGAGAAAAGUGGCCUCAGGAAAUCUGUUAGGUGCCGCCGUUACUACUGCCCAAAUGCCUGGCGAGUCCAAUGGUGGUACGCAAAACCCUGAAAUUACACGAAGGGUUACUAACAUUGAAAACCGAACCGCUGACCACGAAGUUCUUCUGGUAGAGAACAAUCGCACCAUGGAGGAAGUUAGACGUGACAUGGGUAAUAUGAAAAGGCAACUUGACACCACACAGGAAAGCUCCAGGAGGCAUGACAGAAGGAUUGAAUCUAUUGAGCACACACUGGCUCUUAGAAAUGUAACCCUGGCUGAUUUAGAGGAAUACGUAAGACAGCAAGAGUUCUCAAGCUACGAUGGCCAGCUGUUGUGGAAGAUUUCUGAUUAUGCUCGCAAACGAAAUGACGCAGUGACAGGUCAGCAGGUCUCUUUCUAUAGCCCUUGUUUCUACACCAGUCGCUAUGGCUACAAAAUGUGCGCCCGCAUUUAUCUGAACGGGGAUGGAAUGGGAAGAGGAACGCACAUCUCGAUCUUCUUUGUGGUCAUGCGUGGUCAGUAUGACGCGCUGCUCCGCUGGCCAUUCAGACAGAAGGUCACCUUCAUGUUGCUGGAUCAGGAUAACGUGGAACACGUGAUUGACGCCUUCAGACCUGAUCCCAACAGCUCAUCCUUCCAGAGGCCAAGAAGAGAAACAAACAUCGCCAGUGGGUGCCCGAUGUUCUGUUCGCUUUCUGAGCUGAAUAAUCAUGCUUAUGUCAGGGACGACGCCAUGUUCCUGAAAAUAAUCGUGGAUACGUCUGAUCUGUGAAGAGGAACUUUGAGUUAUGGUUUGUUACUUGUUUUAAAUUUAGUCUUUUUUUUUUUUUGAUUUAACAUUACCAUUGCUCUGACAUGAUGUGUAUAUGUUGCAUGUAGGUGAUACAUGGCAGGUGUUAUCGUUUGUUUCGUACCUGAAAUGAACGUCAUUUUUUUUGUUUGACAGGACAGUUUGUAUUUUGAUUUGAUUUUCGCAUCUCAAAGUGAUGCAAGAAAAAGUCAGAUUCCCUUUAUUUCUAUUAUGACAAUUGAAUCUGUCGGCUUGCUCUCCGUUAAAUCGUCAACAGAAUACACGACCGCGAUCGAUACAGUGUAAGUUCUAUGUUCGGCAUGUCAGAAUCAUUUAAGGAUUGAUAAUUUAUGUUAAUAUUGCUAUGCAAUUAAUGUAGGUGCAAUGUUUUUUCUAAAACGGUAGCCAUUUGCUUGAGCGAAUGACGUAUAAUGCCGGGAAGUAAACGUAAUGCAGGGUGUAUUAGGUGGAUUUGACGAUCCAACUCUUUUUCUUCUGUUUGGUUGAUUUAAGUGCAGUUUUUGGGUUGACUCAUUAAAACCGCAAUAACUUUUUGUUUAACUCGUAGUAAUCAGGCCCGAUGAGCUAAGAUAUACCCUCUAAUUAAUUAGUUGCCAAGUGUACGCGUGAAAUAAUUGAAUACACGAAAAUGAAACGAGUAAUUAGCUUUGAGAAACAUAAUCUUGAUUUCGAAGAAACGCAUGCUUACAGUGUAGGCGAGCUUCUCUCUUCUUUUUAUAUUGUGGAAUGCCUUUCCUCGGUGCGUGGAGAUUUUAGAUUUCAGCUGGACUCUGGCGCCAUCGAGAGAAUAUCGUCAACAUUUUUAUAAAGAAAGUUUAGGAAGGAAGUCGGUUUUGAAACAUCUAAGGAGUGAAAAGUCACGCCUUCUGCAGGCUUCUCCGUGAACGACUGAAGUGCAUUCGAAUCUACUUUGAGACUAAAACUUCAGCCUCGCUAUGAGAGCUGACUAAUAUGGGAUCUCAGUCACAAGGAGAAAUUUUGGGAAUUUUUCCAAAGUGGUUUCUAGAGAUGGUCAAUCAGAAAAUCUUGACUUUGCUUCAUCGUUUUUUUUUUUUGGUGUCUUUUGCGCUGACCUCCUCGCGGUAGACACUGGGAACGCUUUUUGUUUGUCAAGUGGGGGUUUCUUUGUGGGUUCUUUUUUCGCUCAAAGCAAAAGCAGUCAAUGAACUGGGAGCAAUUGGCAGUGAUAAAUCGUCCGCUGGAUCACUGACUUAAGGUGGUUAAACUAAGGGAUGAACUGUG